CAAGAUUGAGUACAUAAAAGCAGCAGAAGCCACUGAUUUGGUCAUUGCUAUAAACCGUGCUUUUUUGCAGGAGUCUCAAAUAACGACGGCGUUCAGUAAAGGCUCACCAUGAAAAACGUCUUAUCGCUCUUAAGUUUAGCURUGAUGCUAUCCAUCGUCAUAGCAACAGAAGAAAAGAAAGAUGCCAAGGAACAACCACCAUUCGUGGACUUAACSCAACCAGCCUUUUACCAUAUUAGGGGAAAACGUGUUGCAAGGCAACCACCAUUCGUGGACUUAACCCAACCRGCCUUYUACCAUAUUAGGGGAAAACGUGUAGCMAAGCAACCGCCAUUCGCAGUGGACUUGACRCAGCCAGCCUUUUACCAUAUUAGGGGAAAGAGACAGUUUCCACCAAAUGUUGAUCUUACUGCGCCUGCGUACUACCACAUCAGAGGAAAGAGAGUUGCCCAGCAACCACCAUUCGUGGACUUAACGCAGCCGGCCUAUUACCAUAUAAGGGGAAAGCGGGACAACUGAAUUUAACGACGAUAGAGAGAAGCCAAAGUGACCUGUACGGCGAAACCUUUCCAAGUGACCAUUAAAAACAGGAAAUACGAUGGCAUGGAAAGCGUUUGUUUACAGAAUAAUGGCGACUAGUUAGCUGAGUAUUUUAAAGAAUAUUAUGAAAUGUUAUAAGAAUUCCGUAUUCAGCAAAUAAAGACUAAACUAAAUAAAUAUU